CACUCUGUGAGUACACCACGAGUACAGAAGCACAUUUUUAGACAAAUACAGGUGUGUACCGGUGGUAAAAGGAAGUCAAAGUGAAGCCGUGUACUGAUGAUCCUCAGGUCGAGGUGCUGAGCUGCCACAGUGACGACGAGCAUUAAACGGCCCGAAAAUCUACAGCGACACUAAAGACAAAGAAGAGCAACAUGAUGAACAACCUGAGAGAUCAGCGAGCAAGUUUUCCCCCGAAGAGUUAUCUGCAGCGUGCCGGCGCUGCAGCAUCGGCAUCUGCAUCCCAGCUCAACAUUGUGCUAUUUGGAAAGAGUGCGAAAGAAAAGUCAACAAUGAGUUACUUCAUCACAGGAAAAAAGGAUCUUUCAUUUCAGAAAAGAGCGGUCACUCAUGGCGAGUGGAACAGAAAGUCACUGACAGUCGUGAAAACGGUGGACGUCUUCAGCUUCCCCAUGGAACAAGUGAAGCAUGAGAUGAAGAAAUGUGUCGCAUCCUGCCCACCUGGGCCAAAUAUUCUCCUGCUCUUGUUGAGUCCUUCAGACUUCAGUGAGGCCGACAGACAAAGGUUGCUCAACAUCCUGGGAUUUUUUGGUCAAAGCGUCUUUAACUUUUCCAUGGUCAUCACAAUACGCAACGGGAAGACGUAUAAUUCUUCAGUCAACCAAAUCAUCCAAGACUGCAAGCAAAGGCACCACGACAUUGAUCUCGACAAAGAAAUUCUCCAUGAUUCUGAGCAUAGAGAAUUAAUGGAAAAAAUCGAGCUGAUGAUGAUUGAAAACGGGGGAGGACAUCUAAACUGUACUGACGGUGAAGGUCCUGUGAAGUCAGCACCUGCAUUCUCCAAACUGCCAAUGACACUGGUGCUUUGUGGGAGGUUCAAAUCAUGGAAGACUUUAGCCGCCAAAGAUUUAGGAGAAGAAAAUAUUGGUCCAACGGCUAACUCGACAGAAUGUAUUAAAGUUCAGGGGGAGGUGUACGGUCGCUGGGUGUCUUUGGUCGAGCUGCCACCUUUGUACAGAAAACCUGAGCUGGAACUAAAGGAAGAGUCAUUCAUAAGUAUUUCCCUGCGUGACCCCAGCGGUAUACGCGCAUUCAUUAUGGUCAUACCUAUGGGUCCCCUCAGUUAUGAAGACAAAAAAGAGUUACAGAUCAUCCAGAACACAUUCAGGUUCCGACUCAAUGACUUCAACAUGAUUCUGUUUACUGUGCAGUCAGACCUCGCGGCUCCGGAGGUGGUGAGUUUUCAGAAUGAGCCCUUCACCCAGGAGCUGUGUGACACCUGUGAAGGUAGAUUCUUGUUCCUGAACAUCAACGACAAGCAGCAGGCCUCUCGUGUCUUACAGGAUGUGGACGUGAUAAGAAGCCGCAACUUAUACGCGUCUGUCAUCCCUCAAAUAAAAAAGGUCCUGCUGACUGAGCCUCCGAGUAAAGAAUGCCUUCGGAUAGUGCUGGUCGGGAAGACGGGCAGUGGGAAGAGCGCCACCGGAAAUACGAUUUUGGGCAAAAAUCACUUCUAUUCUGAAACAACGGCAAACUCUGUGACCAUGGCUUGCCAGAAACAAACAGGAGAGAUCAACGGACAAACCGUUAUUGUGGUCGACACCCCCGGUUUGUUUGACACAAAGAAGUCCAACGAACAAGUUAGAGAAGAACUGGUAAAAUGCAUUAGUAUGAUAGCUCCUGGUCCUCACGUCUUCUUACUGGUGCUGAUGAUCGGCCGUUUUACCCAAGAGGAAAAAGAGACUGUUGACUUGAUCAAGGAUUUCUUUGGCAAAAAAUCAGAAGACUUCAUCAUUAUUCUCUUCACCAGAGGUGACGAGCUUCAUACCAAAAGCAUUGAUGACUACAUACAAGAGAGCGACGACUUAAAAGAUAUGAUCGUUAACUGCGGGAUGAGAUAUCACGUCUUUAAUAACAAAUCCACAAACCGGGCUCAAGUCAGCGACCUUCUGGACAAAGUUAAUGCAAUGGUGAAGAAAAAUGGUGGCAGCCCCUACAUCAACGAGAUGUUCCAGGAGGCGGAGGAAGCCAUACAAAAACAAACGCAAAGGAUCCUGGAAACCGAUGACGAGAUAACAGAGAAGAGGGAAGUGUAUGAACAGAUUAAGAACUUUUUCCAACAAAAAGAAAAAGCAGAAAGAGAAGCAGCAGCCAUAUUCAGUGAAAAGGAGGAAAACAUUAAGAAGGAGCAAGAGAAGACGAAGAGAGAGGAGCAAAAAAGACGAGAAGAGGAAGAAAUCAAGAACAAACAGCAAGAGAUGGCGCGGCUGCUGUGGCAAAGGAAACUGGAGGAUAUCGAGAACCAAAUGAGAUCCAGUUUGACGGAAAAUCCGGCAGCCAGAGAAAACUGAAGAAGAAUAAAGAUGAGACCCAAAAAGAAUACGAAGCGUGGGAAAGGGAACAGAAGCAAUGGUGGGAGAACCGAAGGCAAGAGAACGAGAAGCUACGACAGAAACUCGAGGUACUCUGCGAUGAAUAUGAGCGGGAAAAGGAAACCAAUGAA